AUGGACGGAGACGUCGCCGUGGAGCCUGAGGUCGACUCUUUCAGCCUGGUUCUGCCGCUCCCUUACAGAGUCGCAAUUAUAGUUGUUCUUGGCAUUUGGGCAUGGGGUCUCAAUCUACACUAUUUGCAUCUCAUCAAGAUUGAUGUACCCGCACUAAUUCGGUAUCCUCCUCGACAAGCCCAGCACCACCACUACUCGACGUAUCGGUUUGCCUCUUUCCUCACUAUUCCCUUGAUUGCCUCCCUUCUUCUCUUCUGGGCGGUCACCCGGGGCGACCAGCGCGCGGUUCUACGAUGGCAGAUUCUCCCGCAGUCCUACCUCGUGCUUCUCGCCGUGUGCUUUCUCCUACCACUCAAACGCAUGUCACGGUCUGGUCGGCUACACUUUCUAAGAUCCUUAAAGAGAAUCGGCUUGGGAGGUUUGGCAGAAGUCCAGGAUGGAAAGUUCGGGGAUAUCUUACUGGCCGACGUUCUCACGAGUUACGCAAAAGUCCUGGGUGAUCUGUUCGUUUCGACUUGCAUGCUCCUUGACUCGAAGACAACCAGUACGGCGAGGCCAAAUCGCGGAUGUGGAGGCGCAUACCUCGUGCCUCUGAUCAUCAGCAUCCCGAGCAUGAUUCGAUUGAGGCAGUGUCUCAUUGAGUACUAUCGGGUUCGCAGGAAUCGAUCGACUUCUUCGGGUUGGGGUGGCCAACACCUGGCCAAUGCAUUGAAAUAUUCCAGCGCAUUUCCCGUCAUCAUCUUGAGUGCUUUGCAACGAGGUUACGACCCUAGCAAAUUCUAUCUGAGCGAGGCUGGGCUCUUCAGACUAUGGCUGUUUUUCGUGUUUGUCAACUCCUUCUAUUCUUUCUACUGGGAUGUGGCCAAAGAUUGGGACCUUUCGCUUCUCUCUUCCAGCCGCGAGAGAAACAACCCCGAAUACCCCUGGGGUUUGCGACGUCACCGGUACUUCCAUCCCAAAGAGGUGUAUUAUAGUGCCAUUGUCAUAGACUUUCUACUGCGUUGUACCUGGAGUUUCAAGCUUUCGCCACACUUGGAUCACUUUAAUGACCUGGAGGGCGGGAUUUUUCUCAUGGAGUUCUUGGAGGUGUUGAGGCGAUGGAUGUGGAUCUUUUUCAGGGUUGAGACGGAGUGGGUAAGAAACAACCGGGGCCCUGCCACAGACGAUAUACUCCUUGGAGAGUUCGCUGGAAAGAUAGACGAAGAUUGA